UCUAAACAACUUGUCCAGAGGAGGAACCGACACAUCGCACCAGGAGCAGGAGCCGUUCACCUCAGUGACGAGACGAGGAGUCAGAGGAACCACAUUAUUUCGCCUCUCAGUAUAUAUAAGUCAGUUUUCCCUCUCUCUCUCUCUCUAUAUAUAUAUAUAUAGAUUUCCCCCCCCCCCCUCGCUGCUGCCGUUUCUUGUUUUGGAAGUUGCGAUGAGGAAUCUGUGGUUGUUGUUCCUCGUCGGGCUGGCGACCGGGAUCAUCGGCGACAGAAGCCUUCUGGUCUCCUCUCAGUCACCGUCUUCCACGACAGACGACCUGUACCUAGAGGGCAGAACGUCAGGUGACCUCCCGAUAGACGAUGAGGAUGCGGAAAAUGAUGGCUCCAGCUCAGGAUCCGGAGACUAUGCUUUCAGCGACAUCACCAAUGAAGAGGAGUUGCUCAGGAGGUUCCACAACUUCUCUCAAACCACAGUCUCCAAAGAAGUGGUUCCAUUUCAGCCGCAGCCAACGGCAAACUCUCCUCACAUCCCACCAACCACAGCAGCAGCAGACGGCCAGGUUCCAACAGCCGCAGGGGAAACUACGCCAUACGUAUCCCCUGAUGGAGGCAAUGGGGACGAGGAGGUGCUAGGUACUGGUCCAAUAUUUGACAGGUUCACGGAGCGUCCCAGCCCCAGCUCCCCCAACGUGCCUCCCAGUGAAACCACCACAGCCAAAUUCAGUAUAGACAUCAGUGUAACCAAAGAUACCGAUGAGGACAACAGUCUGGAUAGGUGGGGCAUCUCUACACCCAAAGAUGAAGGAGAAAACUUUUUGGGUAAAGAGGAGCUUGGCAAUGAAAUUCGAACCAACGGGCAAAGCAGAAUAAACGACAUGGACUCUCCUGAAGAGGUGACCUCUGAGAACUUAUGGGAGCGGACAGAAGUUCUGGCAGCGGUGAUAGCAUGUGGAGUGAUUGGAUUCCUCUGUGCUGUUUCCCUCCUCCUCCUCCUCGCUUACCGCAUGAAGAAGAAGGACGAAGGUAGCUAUGACCUCGGAGACACCAAACUUUCCCCGACAGCCUAUCACAAAGCGCCUACCAAGGAGUUUUACGCCUGAACUCCAACAACAGGAACUUUUAAAUGGAAUCUGCCUCCUGCCAAAUAGAGCUGAGAACGGAUCUAUAAACAGCUGAAGCUGAUUCCUCUUGUUGAAGUUUGAAGUCAAGCACCUCUGCUCUUCUUCAGUGCUUCAUUUUUUUUUGUCCCCCUUCAUCUUUCCAAUGUUCCUCAUCUUUUUUUUUCCGCCUAAUGUUCAGUUUUUAUGAAGAAGUGGUCACAAGAGGACAAAUAAGACUUUUAAAAUACAUUCCGAUCAUUACAUCCCAGGGAAGGAGUUUGACAUUUAAUACAAAUCCUAAAUUUUUAAGGUAUUGAUAACACUUGUGCCUUUUAAACCCGCAACACUUCUCUAAGCUGAAACACACAAGGCUUGACUUGGUUCUGCAUUACAGACGGAUCGAAUGGCCAUGAACAGCUCGAGCAAGUAAACAUGUGAAUAGCACAGAAGCCUUGAUGCAUUUCGGGAUUAAUAUUACAAAGAACCAUCAAAUGUUUAUACCCUUUGCCCUUUAUUUGACGUCAGAUUUGCUUUGUUUAACAUCUUGCAUUCUUACAUUUCAUUUUCUGAAUUGAAGAAAUUUUUCUCACUAUGAAGAAUUAAUGUUUUUUUUCUAUAUGCUGUCCAGUAUUGGUAUGAGAGAUGUUGUUACUCUGCAGGUACUUACUGUAUUUUUGUUGUUUUACUUGCAUAUAUUUGAUACUUGUAGAACUGGCCAAAUAUAAAUGUUCCUUUUUUUUGUGUUGGAAAAAUAUUUUUAGUUUAAUUUUCUUUUGUGUGUUUGCCUAUUUAGAGAUUAUAUUUCUGUGCGCAAAGAGAUUUCAGUCUUUUCAUUGCAUUCAUACAGUGUUGAGUCCUUCAAAUUUGCAUCUGUCCCAACAUUAGAAAUAUUUUCAGGAAUUAUUUUAUUUGGUGACUUGAGUGCAGCAAAAUGUGGGACAGGAUUGCCGAGGUAGAGCCGAGGCUAAUCACUAUAAUUCACAGACCGGAGAAGUGACCAGUAUCUUCUGACAAAAGCCAAAGCACCAAAGCCAAAGCAUUCCUGUCUUACUGUCAACUGUAUACAGUUGUAAUGACGGGUUUGAAGUUAAAGGGACAGUGACAGCAUUUAGCGAUUCCAACAAUUUAUAGAUACAGGGUUUAUUCAUGCAGGUAAGUUGCAGAAUUCAAACACAAUCAAUUACAGAUUUCUGUUGCUUCCUUUUUGUAAUAAGCAGUGUACGCCACCGGGAGUUUCCAGCUCUGUAAUGAUUACGAUGUUCGUCCCAGUGCAGCCAUUUCAGGUUUUAAACACGUUUGUCUAAUUCUCAGUCCGUUCGUCAACCAGCCAACCGAUGGUGUGUUGGAUCUUUGAGAGACUUUUAGAGCUUCAGUGAGGAUGCAGUUAACAAAGGGGUUAUUUCCUCUUGAUAGCACAUAUUUUUAACUUUUGUACACCAUGUACGUAAGAAUAUAUUUUAGUGACAUUAUUGGGGAUUUCCAAAGGAGUUUGUUGACUUUGAGUUUAAUGUUGAAUAAAAUAUGUAAGAUGGAUACAGGCAUUUCCUUACUGGACCAUAAUAGCUGUCUUUGUUUGCUGUUGGAUUUCUCUUUGUUAAAGGUCACUGCCCCAUAUAUUCCAAAAAUAUUUGUGUAUUUACAGUUUGAUUACCUUUGUGUCUGUGUGUGAUGCCACAUUUAUCUUUUAUGCUUUAAUAUAGGCUACUUGAUACUGUUUUAUGAUAUUACUGCCUUGGUAAUAAAAGAACUAUGUCUAUUUUAGAACAAUCUGAAUGCAAAUGCAAACUACCUGUUUACUAUGGCUGGAAUAAACAGGACGAUCUGAUCACUAACCCAAUGUGGACUAACUGUUGAUAACGGGAUAUUUGUGUUUGGCACUUGAAUCCCUAGUGCCUCGCGAUUCAGUUAUUCUUAGACCUUCAAGCUGUGCAGAACCACAUCUGUAAAAGUCCUGUGCUAGACUGCAUUGUGCCAGCGUGGUCGAGUAAUAAUUCUGACAUUUCUGUUGGUACCGACAUCAGAAAUGUCUGACAUGAACCAUUCACCUAUAAAGGUUUAGGACGUAACAAUGGUGGCAAUCCAACAAAUGAUAUCACACAGUAACCGUUUUCUUGUAGGCUCUCUGUAAGUUUAAACGAUAUGUUGACGAUACUAUAAUUUGUAUGUAUUAAUUUAUGCUUGCUUAGACUAUAGUCCAAGUUAGUAUGUCAGUGAUAAAUUGGGAUUGUACAAUAUUUACUCGCAGUCAAAAGUGCCUACUCUUUGUGCCUACUGCUCAGUUAGUUUAUUUUUUCAUAUUUGUGUUAUUAGAGUAUUUAACAAGCUUUGAUUCAAUUAAGUUUCAAUUUACGAUUUUUUUUUCAUAUGAAUGGCUUUAAUAAAGUUAAUAAUAGAAUAAUUAAAUUUCCUUGUAAAUAUUUUGCAGCUUUAUCAUUUUCAAGAUGAAUGAAUUGACUGAAGCCUUGAGUUAAUACAUAAUCACCUAGACAAUAGUGAGGAUUAAACCAAACAUCACCCUGCUGAUUCUUGCUAAGACUCACAUGUAUGUGCAAGAGCGGCAUACAGAGAACCAUGUUGCUGAAAUGGUGUAUCUCAUGAGGUUCACUACUGAAUAAAAGAUGUGGCUCAAUGCAAUGUCGAAAAA